AUGUCCGGCGACGAGACGUCAGUGCCCGUUCCCUCUGCAUCGCACGUCGCCGUUAAACUUCCAACCUUUUGGCCACGAAAUGUCGAGCUUUGGAUAGCACGUUGCGAAGCUGCAUUCGAAGCAUGCAACAUCACUCGUCAAGAGACCAUGUUCAAUCACUUGCAGCGUUGUCUUCCCGACGAGUAUGCGGAGGAACUCUGCGACCUCCUCAUCCACCGCCCUUUAGAACAACCUUACGACAAGUUGAAAGAGGCUUUAGUAAAGCGCGUAGCCAUGACAGAGGAGCGUCGACUACGACAACUUCUCACUGGCGAAGAGCUCGGGGACCGAAAACCUUCUCAACUACUGAGAAGAAUGCAGCAGCUUGUUGGCGAACGCAAGUUCGACACCUCCAUCCUUCGCCAACUUUUCCUUCAGCGCCUCCCACUCGACGUCCAGACAGUUUUGGCUGUUUCUCAAGGAAGCAUGGAAGAAUUGGCAGAGCUUGCCGACAAGGUUAUGGCAUUGAGAGUCGCAGAGACUCAUUCAGUAAGUCACACCGCCAGCCCUAUUUCUCAUGAAUAUGAUCAGCGCCUUGAUCGACUUGAGCAGUUGGUCAUGAAACUGACAACUCAACUCAGUGCAGUUGCCUCAGGAGGUCCGAGGCGAUCACGAGACCGUCGACGGAGUUCCUCACGUUCCUGUAAUCGUCGCCAGCAGUCUUCAAGUGGAAUGUGCUGGUAUCACCAGAAUUUUGGACAAGCAGCACGACGAUGUCUGCCGCCAUGUUCAUUUAAGCCACCUCUCAAGGCUUCGGGAAACGAUCCCGCCCGGCAGUAGCGGCGAAUACUGCCGGGGGCGCUUCCAAUGUUCACACUCGCCGUUUGUUUCUCUGGGACCGUAUCGCUGGCGCCAAAUUCCUUGUCGACUCUGGUGCCGAGGUUAGCGUGGUUCCACCAACUCCGGCCGAACGCAAACACCGCAGCUCUUUUUGUCUAACAGCUGCCAACAACUCCAGCAUCCCCACUUUUGGACAGCGCUCCAUCACACUCGAUUUGGGCCUUCGUCGGAUUUUCCGAUGGGUUUUCAUUAUUGCCGACGUUUCCGUCGCCCUCAUAGGCGCCGAUUUCCUAGCUCACUUCAAUUUACUAGUUGACUUGAGGAAUCGCCGGCUCGUCGACUGCAUCACCAACCUUCAUACCCGUUGUCAACCCGAUGUGAACCCCUGCGUCAGCCCUCUUACUGUUAUGCCCAUUUCUGACUGUCCUUUCCACUCACUCCUCAGGCAGUUUCCCCGCCUGACCAACCCCUCAUUUCGAGAAGUGGACAUCAAGCACACAGUCAUCCACCAUAUUUCCACCACCGGACCUCCCAAAUCUUGCCGACCACGUCGUCUUGCUCCGGACCGUUUGAAGAUUGCCAAGGCAGAGUUCGAACACAUGCUCGAGCUCGGCAUCAUCCGACAGUCCGACAGCUGCUGGGCAUCACCCCUCCACCUUGUCCCCAAGAAGAAUGGCGACUGGCGACCGUGUGGUGACUAUCGGGCGUUGAACUCUGUGACUGUCCCCGAUCAGUAUCCCGUCCCGCACAUCCAAGACUUCACCCUUUCGCUACAUGGUAAGCGAAUAUUCUCUAAGAUCGACCUUGUGCGCGCCUACCAUCAAAUCCCGAUCGAAGUCAGUGAUGUUCCGAAAACUGCAGUGACCACUCCCUUUGGGUUAUUCGAGUUCACUCGUAUGCCCUUUGGUCUGAGGAACGCCACUCAAACCUUUCAGCGAUUCAUUGAUCAGGUUCUGCGAGGUCUCGACUUCGUCUACGCCUACAUUGAUGAUUUGCUAGUGGCUAGUUCUGACGCUGCUGAACACGAGAUUCAUCUUCGACAGCUCUUCGAACGGCUCGACUCCUACGGCGUUAUCAUCAAUGCCGCCAAAUGUGAGUUCGGAGUCCCCAGUUUAACUUUCUUGGGUCAUGUAGUAGAUUCUGAGGGAAUCAAGCCUGUCCCUGAUAAAGUUUCGGCCAUAUCAACGUUCCCCGUCCCGACAACCAUCAACCAACUACGCCGAUUCUUGGGGAUGGUGAACUACUAUCACCGUUUUCUUCCCCAUGGUGCCACCAUACUGCAGCCUCUCAACAGCUUGCUGACCCACUCCAAGAAGACACUAGUGAUGACCGAGGAGGCCGUCAGGUCCUUCAAUGACGUCAAGGCCGCACUUGCGGACGCAACAUUGCUUGCCCAUCCUCGCUCAGAUGCCCAACUAACUCUCAUGACAGAUGCUUCCAGCACUGCCGUUGGUGCAUCACUGCAGCAAACUGUUGGUGGUGUUCUACAACCUUUGGCCUUCUUUUCGAAGAAGCUCAGCCCAGCAGAGACCCGCUACAGUGUCUUCGGCCGCGAACUCCUUGCCGUCUAUCUAUCCAUCCGGCACUUCCGCCAUUUCCUCGAGGGUCGUGAAUUUGUUGUUCUCACAGAUCACAGGCCACUCGUUUUUGCACUGAGGGCCUCUCCCGAUCGAUACUCGCCCCGUGAAAUCCGUCAUCUUGACUUCAUCUCACAGUUUUCCUGCGACAUCCAACACGUCCACGGUAAGGAAAAUGUGGUUGCUGAUGCUCUUUCAAGAAUCGAGAUGGCUUCCAUCACAACAGACGCCAUAGACUUCACGCUCAUGGCUGAGGCUCAACGAUCGGAUGGCGAACUUCCCCAAUACCGCCACGAGAACUCUUCUUUACGCCUUCAAGAUGUCCCCCUUCCCACUGGCACAGGCACCAUCACGUGUGACCUUUCUACCGGACACGAACGUCCUUUUGUUCCAGCAACUUUACGACGACGAGUGUUCAACGCUCUUCACAAUCUAUCCCACCCUGGAGUCCGGGCGACAGUGAAACUCAUCACUGACCGAUUCGUCUGGCCCAACAUCAACCGGGAUGUACGGCGUUGGACCCGCUCCUGUCUACCAUGUCAACGAGCCAAAACGCAUCGGCAUACUAUUACUCCGCCAGGAACUUUCGCCACCCCUGAUGCACGCUUCAGUCAUGUGCAUAUUGACCUGGUAGGUCCGCUGCCACCAUCUAACGGUUCUACCUAUAUGCUGACAUGCAUUGAUCGUUUUACUCGGUGGCCGGUCGCUGCGCCCAUUCCGGACAUCAGUGCCGAAACCGUUGCAAGAGCUGUCUUGACUCAUUGGGUGUCCAAUUUUGGAGUUCCUGCGACUGUCACCACUGACCGCGGAUCCCAAUUCGAGUCCACGCUGUUUCGCGAACUCACAUGCCUUCUCGGCACCAAUCGUAUCCGAACAACAGCGUACCACCCUCAAGCAAAUGGUCUUGUCGAACGCUCCCAUCGACAGCUUAAGACUUCCCUUAUGGCCCAGCCCGAUCCUUCCCGAUGGUCUGAAUACCUUCCCCUGGUGCUCUUGUCCCUCCGUUCCACUCUCAAGGCCGACAUCGGUUGCACUGCAGCUGAUCUUGUCUACGGAACCUCCCUACGACUGCCCGGUGAGUUAGUUUCUCCUUCAAACACGCUAACGUUUUUUGAACCUUGCAGUUAUGUGGAGCGACUACGUAGUGCCAUGCGCAAUCUCCGCGCAACGCCCCCUCGGACGUCACCGGCCAAUUCCUUCAUCCCUCCCGACCUGGAUAAGUGCGAUUUCGUCUUGGUUCGGCAUGACGCUGUCCGACGACCACUCCAACCACCCUAUGACGGGCCGUAUAAAGUCCUUCGUCGAUCUGACAAAGACGUUGUCAUCGACCGCAACGGCAAGACCGACACAGUCAGCAUUGAUCGCGUCAAGCCGGCCUACAUCGACGACAGUGACCUUUCCUCACCCCAACACUGUGCCCCGCCGCAAACAGUGGUGCCUCCACCUUCUGGCGACAGUCCCCCUCCGGUUCGCCGCACACGAUCUGGCCGUCACGUCCACUGGCCCGACAGGUUUGUGGCUGGUUAGCAUGUCGACGCCUUCACUUCGUUUGGUGUCUGGGGGGGGGGGGUUGUAGCAGCCGCUCCAGCCCCCCUUUUCUCCGGCUCCGUUUUGUCGGUCGAUGACCGCGAUAAGCGCUGACAGGCCGCUGACGCACGACCACCCCCGCCGGCUAGAACUGGGACACCUCCGGUCCAGCUGCAGUGAACCCCGGCUGCACUCAAAAACUAGUAUCGCCUAACGCGCGUCGAACGCUUUGGCUUGAUUCCCGUGAGGCCUUGUGAGUAUGCGCCCUCCAUUCGUCCCCUAAUUAGUCCAAUCACACGACCACCACGCAGACAGUCACCCCCUCCUGCUAGCUUAGACACACACGCUCGCGUUAACAAGACACACCGCGACUGACGCCCUCUGCGAACGGACGCUUUUCUCUGUUGCAAGCAAACCGCCAACUUACGGCAACCUGCCCUGUGUACAGAAUAAACUAGUCCUCACAGCUCCCUGCCUUCUGACAGUAGACGAAGCGAACUUAUUGUGCGUGGUUUAAGUCGAUCUCACAUCCUUGACCGCCACAAGUCCUCACUAUAGACAAUUUGACGUGCUUGGAACUAUUGCGGUGAGCUAAUUACCGUGACUUGGAAGGUUCCCAAUCUACGAUUCAACCCGGAACCCACUGUCAGCGCAGUUGCACGUUUAUGUGUUGAGUGACCGACUGAUGAACCAAGAGUAGUACUGCGAUGGCUCCUCUAUAGCAUUCUUUUUCGGCUGAGAUUGAGCCGCGCCCGCUUUUAGCGAAAUAAUGCGUAAUGCGGACUCGAUAUCCCAGCAGGAAUCUCCUGAGGUCAGGUUCGCACCCCUAGAACUCGCCGUUUACGAAAGAUAUUCGUGUGGGGGUGCAGUGACUGAACGGUUGGCAUGGCAGUCGUAGCUGGUAAAGUAACGCUACUUUGUGGAAUUCAGUAGACAACAAUGUAUAAUAUCCAAAUAUGGGUCUCAUAUUCCGUCCCUACCAGAUCUUCGCCCGCAUUCGCCUCAACGGACAUCUUGAACAGGGAUUUCUCCUGGAGUGUCAGUGUAACUUCCGGUGACAUCAAGGAACCACAGACAUGAUCACCGUCGAACGCCAGCCGCAAGAUAAGGGCUAGAAGAUGUUGACCCACGCCCACAUUCCAUUCGUGGACCUGACGAAAGUCUUGGACCCGGUGAGUUGCCAAGGACUGCGAAGAAUCAUACAGAAAUCCGGCUGUCCUGAAUGAUUCACGUACAUGGCGCGUCGGAUUCACGACGGGAUGAUGGCGAGUGUCUAGGACAACGGCCGAAUAUCUGAGGCAUUCACAGUGGCCAGCAGAAUGAAGAAGGACUGCGUACUCCCUACCACCUCCUUCAGCCUCAUGUUUUAUGCCUUGCUAAUGGACGCCUACCGUGGCAAGUGUCCUGGGAUCCACACCGUCUGCCGGAACGACAAACAUCUUCUCAAUACCUGACGCAUGCAGGCCGCAGCGCGCCUAUCGACGACUACAGUCCAUGAUCUGCUCCUCGCGGAUGACUACCCGCUCAACACCGCGUCAGAAACGCAGCAUGAACCUCGUCGCCGGGUGGAUUAACUUUGGGCGGACCAUCAACACGUCAAGAACGUCGGAGAAACCGGAAGACAGCUCCGAACGAGAAUGGCCGAACACGCGGCAGCGGUGCGCAGAAAUGACGCCAGCUCUCAAGUUGCGGCUCAUUCGACGAGAUCCGGCCACACAUUCAAAUUCGAUGAGGCUGAAAUUCUCGCAAGAGGUGACAACCGCGUGAGCCGGGAGCUACUGGAAUCAUGGUUUACUGGCCCCCAGUCCAUCAACAAGUGCAACGAUCUUCCCACUUCAUACUGCAUGCUAAAAUUUCGCCUAGGCGGAGUAACAAGCCAUGCGGGGAGCGCAGAGGUGAACACUUUUCCCAACACCGGGGUCGGUGCGUCAGAUGGUCGAGCAAUCAUCACGCCAACAUCCAACGCACGUGAUGAAAUUGCAGCAAAUAUCGACUCGAAUGUCGGCCAUCAAGCAGUGAUCACACUAAGUGCGACGAUCCCGGAUGAAGGGGGGAGCCAUGAAUGUUCAUAGGUAUGUGGAAGCAUGGCUACUGCAUCCUAUAAAUACCGCAGCCCCUUGUGCAGCAACCACCCGUUUCUGCUUUUUUGUCUCUGAUGAUGGAUUCGAGUAGGAAUCCGAAACGUCAGGCUAAUAAAGCUCUUGUCCCGGCGAUCGUGUCUUCUUCUUCAAGACUACUUCCUGGGACUCGUCUCUUCGCUUCUAUUGGCAAAAACGGUAGUCAUUCACCAGUUGUCACACGACACUGAAUACAACACCCCUCUCACUGUCGACGGCACCCAAAUCAAAUCCGUAAACAAACUCGCCUAUAUGGCCAGCGCGUCCUCACGCUGAAUCAAAACCGACGACAAAGUGGCCCACCGGAUCUCCAAACCCAACCAGGCCUUCGACCACUUGUAAGACUCAUAUUUGGGAUCGCUGCCGUCUCUAUCUCAACACCAUCCUCAAGAUGUACAAAGUCGUCGUCUUGAUGACGAUUCUUUACGGGACGGAGGUAGGAGAUGUCUACGUCAAUCAAGCAAGAAAACUCAAUCACCUUCGACUGAGUUGGUGUUACAGGACAGUAUUGUUGACACGAAAGUUUUGGUGGGGACCGGAAUCCUCGCCACGCUGAGGCAACUGCAACUGCGAUGGAGCGGCCACCUCGUGACGAUGUACGACAAAUAAUUACCCAAGUGAUGAUUCUUCUAUGGAGACGUUGCCACGGGUGCCCGCUGAUAAGGAGGACAAAUUCGCUGCUACAAGGACAUGUUGAAAAAGUCUUUGAAAUUAGCUUGGAAUCCUGGGAGGACCUGACUCAGGACCGGGCGACUUGCGGCUUAUCCCGUAGGACCUCGCUCUGGAACGACUGGCCUGGGGAAGAGCAGUGAGCAACAACCAAUGAAGUUAACCGGAUGUCUGCUGCCAAAGCCAAACUAGCAGCUGGCAAGUCUCAAGCACCUCCAAUUCACAACGCUAAUACCCGUCUCCUUCCAACCUGCCCACGCUGACAACGAACAUUUCGAACGCGGAUCGGCCUCAUCGGGUAUCUUAGGAUCUAGUGUAACAGCAGCCCAACAGUCCAGUCUCCUGCCUUCACGUACACCUCCAUCGUCAUCCCCUCCAGAACGUCCACGUCGACGACCUUCCUCACCGCCGAGGAUCACACAUCACUGGCCUCGGUCACGGGCUUCCCAUCAUCCCUGACACAGCCUCCAUCAAGACGACUAGCAUUUCUCUCCCUCCUGCCUCCUAACGCCCCGUCGAACACUACCCUCACCACCGUCUCCACCCACCAUCAGUAA